GCGCUCCGCUCCGACCGCAGCCAUGGCUGACAUCAAGACCGGCAUCUUCGCCAAGAACGUGCAGAAGCGGCUCAACCGCGCGCAGGAGAAGGUCCUCCAGAAGCUGGGGAAAGCUGAUGAGACAAAAGACGAGCAGUUUGAAGAAUAUGUCCAGAACUUCAAAAGGCAAGAGGCAGAGGGUACCAGACUUCAGCGAGAGCUCCGAGGGUAUUUAGCAGCAAUCAAAGGCAUGCAAGAGGCCUCCAUGAAGCUCACUGAGUCCCUGCAUGAAGUCUACGAGCCAGACUGGUAUGGGCGGGAAGAUGUGAAAAUGGUUGGCGAGAAAUGCGAUGUGCUCUGGGAAGACUUCCAUCAAAAACUAGUGGACGGGUCCUUGCUGACACUGGACACCUAUCUGGGCCAAUUUCCUGACAUAAAGAACCGUAUUGCAAAACGCAGCAGGAAGCUGGUGGACUACGACAGUGCACGCCACCACCUGGAAGCACUGCAGAGCUCCAAGAGGAAAGAUGAGAGUCGCAUCUCUAAGGCAGAAGAGGAAUUUCAGAAAGCACAGAAAGUGUUUGAAGAGUUUAAUGUUGACUUACAAGAAGAGUUACCUUCACUGUGGUCAAGACGGGUUGGAUUUUAUGUUAACACUUUCAAAAAUGUUUCCAGUCUAGAGGCCAAGUUUCAUAAGGAAAUUGCAGUGCUUUGCCACAAGCUGUAUGAAGUGAUGACAAAACUGGGUGACCAGCACGCCGACAAGGCCUUCACCAUCCAAGGCGCCCCCAGUGACUCAGGACCUCUACGCAUUGCAAAGACCCCGUCGCCUCCUGAAGAGCCUUCGCCACUGCCCAGCCCAACAGCCAGUCCCAAUCACACGCUAGCACCUGCAUCUCCAGCCCCGGCACGGCCCAGGUCACCUUCACAGACAAGGAAAGGGCCACCUGUCCCACCUCUGCCAAAAGUCACCCCAACAAAGGACCUGCAGCAGGAGAAUAUCAUCAAUUUCUUUGAGGACAACUUUGUUCCAGAAAUCAGUGUGACAACACCUUCCCAGAAUGAAGUCAUUGAAGUGAAGAAGGAGGAGACUCUGCUGGAUCUGGACUUUGAUCCUUUCAAGCCUGAAGUGACCCCAACAGUGACCCACUCACCCAUGUCUCAGACAUUGCCUUGGGACCUAUGGACGACAAGCACUGAUUUGGUACAACCGGCUUCUGGUGGUUCAUUCAAUGGAUUCACCCAGCCCCAGGACACUUCAUUAUUCACAAUGCAGGCAGAUCAGAGUGUGAUCUGCAACUUGGCUGAAUCUGAACAGGCUGCACCCACAGAGCCUACAGCGGAGGAGCCACCUGCUGCCGCCACACCUGCCGUUGGGAAAGACCUUGGGCCAGAAGCACAGGCUGAAGAGCCAGCAGAGGAGGAAGUGGUUGGAGCUCAACUGGCUGCUGAUGUGGCUGUGGCAACCGCAGUGCCAGCCGGGGGGCCUUCUGUAGAGCUAUCAGAGGCUGAGAAAGCAGCUACUCCUGCCGGGGAAGGAGAAGGUCCAGAGGAGGCCGCGGUUGACACCGAAGCCGCCGAGGCUGUGGACAGCGACAGGCCUCAGCCAGCAGCAGCAGAGACAGAAGCAGAAGGACCCCAGGAGAAAGUCAUCCCUUCUGUGAUCAUCGAGCCCGCCUCCAACCAUGAAGGGGAUGGAGAACACGAAAUAGCCCUGAGUGCAGAGACCAAAGACAGCCCUGAAGACGUGGUUCCCGCAGGACCUGUGGACAAGACACUGGAGCUGGCCACAGAGCAGAAGCCCGGGGAGGAUGCCCAGACCGAGCCUCCUGCAGGCCAGGCUUCCCAGGAACUGCCUCCUGGCUUUCUCUACAAGGUGGAAACACUGCAUGAUUUUGAGGCAGCAAAUUCUGAUGAACUUACCCUUCAAAGGGGUGACGUGGUGCUGGUGGUCCCCUCGGAUUCAGAAGCUGACCAGGAUGCAGGCUGGCUGGUGGGAGUAAAGGAAUCAGACUGGCUUCAGCACAGAGACCUGGCUGCCUACAAAGGCCUCUUUCCAGAGAACUUCACCCGGCGCCUGGAGUAGGGCUGCAAGUGUUGCACAAAGAGCUGGACGACUGGGUUUUUAAACCUUUAUGACAUCCUGAGGAGUUCACUUUUGCUAUGAUACUCUUAACCAUUUCCAGACUGAUGCCAGACAAAGAUUGGGAAGACCUAUCAGUAGAGCGUGUUUGCCAAAAUAAACAAACAAAUGUAAGAGGGAAACAAACAAAUGAAGAAAAAAAGUCCUCACUUUGUUCCCAUGGGGUCCAUAACAAGUUGGUUUGUGCUUUGUCCCAGCUGUGGACACUCUUGUACUUGACUGCCCUUCCACUGGUUCUAAAGUAGCUUUCUCCAGACUGGACUUUAAUUUCUCUGCACCAAGUAUGUGCUACCCAGUGUCUGCCCUGCAGAAGAUGUGAUGAAGUUUCCCUUAGUACAACUUGAUCUUACUCCCCUGCCCAGAUGUGAGCACGUUCUCUCUCUCUCCCUUUCAAGUUUACUGUGUUUAAAAUUAAUCUGCUGCAAUGUUUUCAAUGGUCUCUUCCCACACACCUAUCUACACGUACCUAUGGACACACAGUCGCACAUGCUAGUUCCACCAACCGCUGGAUCUAUGUGUAUGCAGAAGGCUACAUAUACAUAGUUGCUUUCUUUUGUUUCCAUUGUAGCUCUCUGCUGCUUGAGUGUCACUGAUGCGUGCGUUGCUCUUACUCUGUCUGGCAUUACAGUCGCAGAAGCAGCCAUCUCAUUGCCAAAGCAGUCAACAGUAUCUGUGUUUGUCAUAUACGCGGUUUUCAGGAUGAGAGUGCAGCAUGUCCAGAGCUGCUGCCCUUUUGGAGAAAUGCAGGGUCUUAUUGUGCAGCUGCCAGCUGCUCUGUUUGGAGGAAGGCGAGUCUGGGAGCAGCCGCUAUGGU